CGCAUCCCUCGUCUCCUCCCAUCGAUUCAAUUCUCUCACUUCCCUCACCCAAAUCUGAUUGUUGUUGGGCAAAUUAGGGCUUUUUUUCUUCUGCAGGCGAAACAGAUUCGGGAAGAAGGGUUUGUCUCUUUCUUACCCAAUCAUUCGUCUUGCAGGUACCGGUAGAUCGAGUUUUCUGUAAUUUAUUUUCGCCGCCAUGACUUCCCCGAGGGAUGAGCAGCUGACCGAGACUCUUGGCGAUUUGUCUCUUCAAGAUCAGGAGGAUACGAAGGUCGGAGGACAGACGCAUCCUCCGAGUUUUGGCAAUCAUGGUGGGUGUUGCGCAAUAUGCUUGGACAAAAUCCCUCUUCAAGAAACCGCCAUGGUGAAAGGCUGUGAACAUUCGUACUGUGUGAUGUGCAUUCUUCGGUGGGCGAGCUACGUAGAGAAACCUACAUGCCCACAAUGUAAGAAUCCAUUUGAUUUUCUCAAUGUCCACCGGGCUCUUGAUGGCAGCAUUCAGGAUUUUAUGUUUGAGGAGAGUGUGUGCCUUCUCUUGAGAGCUUCGUGGUUUCAGCCUCUGGAUGUGGAGGAACGGGUGUCACAAGAUGAUGGCUUUGAGUAUUUUGACAUUCCAUGCGAAUAUGACAUUCCAUGCGAAUACGAGGACGAUGACCUUGACGAGUAUUACUUGUGUGGUUCAAGUGUUCGCAUAGGAAACAGGAGGUGGGGCGGCAGUGGGUAUGUCAGGUCAGGCCGUCAAGAAGCCAGACCCGUCCAACAUCGAUCCCGUAAUAAUGGUCAGGCCUCGGGCUCUGGAACCGGCUCUUCCUCUUCCACCCGUGAGCCGCAAACAAAAACUAACGCAACUGGAAGACGCGCGAAGAGGGCAAUGAAGCGUGAAGCCGCAAACAAGGUUGCAGAAGCAGCAGCGGCUGCCAAGCACGAGGCUCAUUUGGUUAGGCUGGGAAGGAAGUGAAGUGUGGCUAUUACAUCAGUGAAAGCAGCCACUGGGUUUGGGUAUAUCGAAGCAUCUGUACAGUCUUUUAGGUUCUGAUGUCGUGGAAAUGGUGCACAAAUGACAAAACAACAAAACUUGUUGGUGGAUUUCAGAUAUUUUCUGGUUCCAAAACUUUGUUCAAUAUAUUGACUGGUAAGUCCUGAUAUGAAUGUUGUUAACGACAACAAGCAGAUGGGUUUAUCUACAACAAAUAAAAUGUUUUUGUUUUCCU